AUGGUGCUGGCCUUGAGGAGCUACAACGCACGCUUCAGCCCAGCCAUGGCCACCGCCGUAGCCCCCGUCACGGCCAGCGUGGCCACACCGUUUGCCGAUGCCCAUAUUGCGGGCCCGCCACGAUUUGAACGGCCUCAACUUGAUGAAGCUUGUCCGGUUUGCGGGGACAAGGUUUCCGGAUACCACUACGGAUUGCUCACGUGCGAGAGCUGCAAGGGUUUCUUCAAACGAACAGUACAAAACAAGAAGCAAUAUCAAUGUUCCGCCGAACAAAAUUGUACCGUCGACAAAACAUGCCGAAAGCGAUGCCCCUGCUGUCGAUACAAGAAAUGCAUCGAACAGGCCGUCCGAGAGGAUCGAAUGAGGGGUGGAAGGAAUAAAUUUGGCUCCUACUACAAAAAAGAUCGGGCCCAACGGAUGCAGCGGCAACAAGUUCGAGGCGUCCCCCAGACUCCGACAACAUUUUUCCAACAACAACCAAUCGAUCAGCACAUCGUCACGAGCAGCACGAACGACACGAGGACGAUACUGCAGCCAACGCAGCAGAUACAGUACUUUGACCACAAGUUGAAGCAGGAGUAUGACAACUUGCUGCAGUCGCCCACCCUUUCCUCAACGUCUGCACAUUCUCCGCAAAUUGUUGUUCCUCGAGCUGUUCCUCCUUACGUGCCAAAUUGCGAUAGUUUGGCUGCCCUCCUUGGUUCUUCGAUUGAAGAUCCGUUGUUGCGGUCACAAGCCACGCAAUACAUGACGACAGCUUAUCCUCAGAAUAUUAAGCAUGAGCCGUUUGACUACAACCGAUAUCAUGAUGCCCACCUCUUCGUCCAUCACCAUGGCGAAUACGGCGUCUUCUCCCAACCCACCACCACCUAUGCCAGCAUGCUUCCGGUGGCCCCAAUCUCAUCAAGUACGAGUUCAGCCCUGAGGACCGUGCUGGUUGCAGGAGGCUCAUCUGGCUCCAACCGAAGUUCUCCCCUCCUCCCUGUAUGCCCGGUGCCAACGGAGAAGACGAUCGACACCGUGUUCUAUGGUGGCAAGCCGAACAUCCUGAACUCGAUGGUGCAGCAUAUCAAGAGUGAGGACACGCGGAUUCAAGGAUUAUUGUCGAUGCCAAUCACCGACGCGUUGGACCCGUUCAAAUUUUGCCUACAUGCCGUUGACCAAGAUUUGCAGCAAUUGGUGGAAUGGGCAAAGUCGACGCCUUUCUUUGAGAAUCUAGACGUAAAUGACCAAACAACCCUCCUCUACACAUCAUGGUCUACCGUCCACAUGAUCGACUUCACCUGUGCUGUUGCUCGAGGCUAUCUCCCUCCCAGCAUCAAACUCACCAAUAGCAUCGAGAUUCCUAUGGGACUCGUCGCGUUGAUGGGGUCGAAUUCCGGAUUGUUGAAAUGGCAGGAGAUUGUGAGACAAAUGACCCAGUGCGGUAUCGAUGAUUCUGAUUUUGCCGCCUUCCGGUUUUUCGCACUGUUCAAUGAAGAUGCUCUUCUCACGGCCAAGGAUAAGCAAGUAAUCGACUUUGCGAGGGCCACCUUAUACAAUUGCUGGAAUGAAUUGCGGGAUCCGCAACGACUACAAUUUCUUUAUGAUGCCUUCAACGCAAUGAGAACACUCGCCCGAACCGCCGAAGCACAACUUUACGAGAAAUACCGGACAGGCAAUAUGGACGGACCAUCCGGGCUUCUCAGCGAAAUGCUCAACCAACAUCGGCCGAAUCCGUACGUUCAAACGACCAUCGUCCCC